AUGCGGGCCACCGAUUUCAUUUCGUCCUUGAUACUACUAUUCACAUUCAUCAGUUCCAGCACAGCAGUCUGGACCCUAGCCCUUCCAAACAGCCUCCGUCAAAGACCCCUAGCCCUCCACAACGACCCUGCGGGUCCGAAGCCGAUCAUGGACCGACUCAUCCCCGGCAUUCUAAAGCCCCAGCCAGCGCCCAACAACGGCCUCCAAGGCGAGGCCGACAAACCCAUAAUCUCAGACGUCCUACCAAAGACAAAAGGCAUAAACAUCUUCGCCCAGCUGACCCGAGACUUCGAUUCGAUCUCGCAGCGCCUGAACGACGCAUCCAAGAACCUGACCGUCCUCGCCCCUCGCAAUAGCGCCGUCCAGGAUCUUCCCCGCAAGCCGUGGGAGGAUCCGGAGGAUUAUGCCAAGUUUGGCGAGGUGAAUGCGUACGAGGGGGAGGAUGGGAAGGAUCGAGCGAGGGAUAAUUUGCGCCGUUUUGUAGAGGCGCAUAUUAUUCCUGUUAGUCCUUGGGUUGAAGGGGAGGAGGUUGAGACUCUUGGUGGGGGUAAGUUGAAGUGGGUUAAGGAGGGGGAUAAGAUUAAGAUUCAACCUGGUGACAUUGAAGUAGAUAAUGUUGCGGAGAAGGUUGCCAAUGGCGAGGUUUGGGUCCUUAAUAAGGUGAUCAACUAUAGUCGCUGA